AUGCAUUUGAUGUACACUAUUGGACCUGAUGGAAAGAGGAUCUACACUUUGGAAAAGGUGACCAAAGAGGGAGAAAUCACCAAAUCUGCCCACCCUGCCAGAUUUUCUCCAGAUGACAAAUAUUCCAGACAGAGAGUGACUUUGAAAAAGAGAUACAACAUGUUACCUACCCAGCAGGAAGAAUAA